AUGAAGUUAACAUCACUCAUACCCACAACACUUCUUUUUUGUUCCCAAAUAGUUCACUGUUUUGAUUUCCUGCAAUACGACGACAUUCUUGAUGAGAUAGCUUCUUUAGGAGACUACUCAGAUGCAACAUCAAAAGACGGCUACAACAUAGAAAAAAGAGAUGAUAGCAAUUUGACCUACAACCAAGCCGCCGUGGACCAAUAUGUCCACCUUUUCCAAUCCAUUGAACAAUCUGGUUUAAUUCCCGAUUUACUUGAAGAAAUAACCAAUAACCAAACACAAAUUGAUAACUUGGUUAGCUAUAUUGAAUUGUUAUUGUCAGGCGAUUUGGGCGGUGAGAAUAGUACCAUUAGUCUUAAUGGUAUAAGUAUCAAUCUCAAUACAACUCAAAUUAUGAAUGCGGUUGUUGAAUCAGGUAUAAUACCAUCAACUUAUGACCAAUUAUUGGGAAAUAAGGAAAACAACCAAAAAGUAGCUGAUUUUGCCGGUGGCGUAUUAUCCUCACCAAAUAAUGUUUGGAUUGGUUGGUUAUUGACUGAUUUAGGUCAAGGUCACGCCUUGACUGUCCCUUUUCUUGCUGAUUUGAUAGUCAAUACUACUUCCAAAGCCAACACUAAUGAUACCAACAGAUCAGAUAUCAAUGUUAAAGAAACGCCUCCAUUGGCUGAAGAUGUUGGAUUGAACCCUGAAGGAAUCAAUAACGACGGAACUACCAAAGAUGCAGUUUACAUCAAUUUACAAGAACAAGAAGCGAAAAGAAUCAAGAAAAGGGAAGAAUACUUGAUGUCCAAGAGAGCAUCUGAUGUCGACAAUCAAUACGCAGGUUCAUUGAGUCAAUUCCUAAACAAUGCCAUCAACACCGUGGUUAAUUCACAAUUGGUUUCAUCAAGUAUUAAUGAUAUUGUUGUGGCGUUGAAUCAAUCAGGCAUAAUCACCCCUAUUGUUUUGCAAGUGCUUCAAAAUGACAAUUUGAGUUCAUUGGUCAACCCCAUUGUUAAGACGUUGUAUGAACAUGGAGCUUUUAACAAUUUGCCAUUGAAUUAUUAUUUUAUUUAUGCAAAGGAGAGGAAUAUUUUGAGUGAUGGUUUGCAAUUUGUUUUGACUGAUCCUCAUUACGCUCCUCCUAUUGCUAGAUUGUUGAAAAGAAUGGAAGAUAUUGGAACGUUUCAGUACUUGCAAGAUAACAUGUAUGGACCCCACAAAAGGAGCUAG